AUGCUCCUUCCGGAACCAGAAUGUCUCAAUGACGAGGAGGUUGCCGAAAUUGCACGUAUUCCGACGGUUCCACCGACGGGAAUCGCCAACUUUAGCACCAACUGUUAUUCAAUCGCCGUUCUUCAAGCUCUUCUCUCAUCGGAUGCUUUUAUGGAAGAAACACUCAGAAAUGACUCGAAGGAUGUGGUGGUGAAAAGAGCAAGAAAGUUCUUAGCAAACUAUUGCAACAACCAGUCAAGCGUCAAUAUGUCGUUCAUGGCAAUUUCAGGAUUGUUGGGUUUCACUAUGGGAUCACAGGAAGACGCAGUUGAAUUCCAUAUGAAGUUCGUGGAAAAAAUGUGUCCGAAUAUACCUGGGUUUCCAAUAAAGUUUCGCACUGACUGCUACACAUGCAACACUGUCGACACCAUCGAGCAGACGCUUCCUGUGAUUUCGCUUUACCCGUCACAAUGCGAUGAGAGCUCGGUGACCCUUGAAGACCUACUCAACAGUACAUUCAAAACGUUUCACAAAAUCGACGGGACCUGCGCAUGCGGAGACUCUAAAUAUCGCUGCGAAUCGGCUAUCGAAUUGAAGCCAUUGAUCGUUUUCAGCUUCAUCCAGUUUCAAUACCAUCAACAGACAGCAAAGGGCAGCGGAAAGAAGCGGUCAGGAUACACUCCAAUCUGGAAACGAAUCACCAUUCCACGUGAAUUUGAUGCUGAAUUGCUUUUCACAGAGCCACCGAAAGGUAUGAAAGCGACUUAUCGAUUCGUAUCUGCUGUCCUUCAUCGAGGCACUACCUCGGAAUCUGGGCAUUAUCUCGCAUUAGCAACUCGCAAAACUGACUCAUACUUCGUCUGCGACGAUAACAACGUUGAUGAAGUUUCGACAUUUGAAAGCCGCUUCACUCGUCGCUAUGUCCCGUAUAUGGCGUAUUACGAGCUGGUCACCGAGACCCCAAAAGAAUAG